UACGUUCGACGUUAAUUUACAGAACUAUGCGAGGAAUGGGCUCUAGCGAAUAGCCGCGAAUGCGUGGAGGGCGGUGGUUCUGCUGGUACGACGCACGAUGAAUCUGAGGAUGCAUCGGAAACCAGGUUCACCCUCAAAUAUUUAGGUAGUACCCUUGUUGAAACACCCUCGAGCGAAGAGGCAACGGCUGAGGCUAUUAAAACCGUCAUUACGAUGGCAAAAGCGAGCGGCAAGAAGCUGCAGCGAGUCUCUUUAGCCGUGAGUUUGAAGGGUAUCAGAAUGACGGACCUCGCCACGGAAGAAGAUCAGCUUCAAGUGUCUAUAUAUAGAAUUUCAUAUUGCUCGGCGGACGCAGCUCACGAUCACGUGUUCGCAUUUAUCGCGACGAAUUUGAACGAGACGAUGGAGUGCCACGCGUUCCUCUGCCCGAAGAGAAAAAUGGCGCAAACGGUGACGUUAACGGUGGCGCAGGCCUUUAACACAGCUUACGAAGCUUGGCAGCUGUCCCAGGCCGAUCCUAGGAUUCAUCACGCCCAAGAUAAAAGUCCUUCGUUAACCGACGACACAAAUGAAAGCAACGAGAAGAAGAAGAAGAACGAGGAGGAGACGAAAUCCGUGACGAAAGCCAACGAGCAGAACAAGGACAAUGGCGAGCUGCGUAACGCGAACGAUACGCCGAAAAAUCUUCUGAUCGAUCUGUCGAACGAGACUAAGACCGCUGGAAAUUCCUGGGUUUGCUUCGAGGAGGAAGACGGGAAGAAGAUGCAGAAGGGCAAGAGCAACGCCACUAGCAUCCCUAUGACGACUUUGAGACACAGCGCGACGCCGGCGUCGCACCACGUUGUACCGAGGCCGGCGACCGGCUUUAAAAUUCAAAACGCCUGGGGUGAAUCGAGAUCCGUGGACUUGAUGUGCUCGUAGCAGGCGUAGCCCAUGGCCGACAGCUUCCGAGACGUGCCGUUGAUCACCGGCCUGUGGAAGCAUUUGUCGAACAGCGGCCAACCGAAGAAGAUGAAGCAGUAGGAUCUAAUCAUCAUCUCGCGGUAUAUCGCUCUUGGAUCGAUUGGAGAACGAUCGUGAGGAAGGAGAUGCUUCUUUGGCGAAUGCCCGAUAUUUCGAGAACAUUCGAGAGGCGAAUGCCAGCCGAUCGAUUCCGGAUUCGUUUGCACCCGGCUACCUUUCGAGAAAAUCCCUGCUCUUUUGUGAGACUUAGGCUUCGUCGUACGUUGCUUGCCGAUAUUUUCACGAAGUAUGUCGCCAUGUAAGUUGUGUGAUCUUCCACCUCGAGUACGUUUUACCGCCGAUCGAGGAACGAUCGAUAUCGAGCUGAAAGAAAUCGACGACGGGAGGACGGUUUUUGUUUCACCACUGAGGAAACGGGAACAAUUUUUCGAAACGGCUUUUUGUACGUACGAGACGCGUGUAUCCGUGCCAAUUCCUUCACACAUAUCGUAUACGAUUUUCUAUUGCCGUGUUUUAUCGAGCCGUGCGCGUCUAACUGUUCACAACGGGCGAUCAUUUCUUUUCGAACGACUCUCGCAGCAAAUCAAAAAGACACUUGAAAAGUAAAAGGAGACGAACUAUACAAAAAUUCGUCGCACGACGAAACGAUACGUAAUCCCUGCAAUUAUUCUCUAGUUAGUUGCGAUCGAGCUUCAUUCGUCGUUAAAUAGCUGGGCUAUUUUCUAGUUGGACAACCUUUCAAUUUCGUAGGUUUACGAUUAGGCUAGUAACAGAGAAUAUACGUUAUACUUUUGAUAUCGCGUUUUUUACGUUGUAACUAUUAAAUAACGUUAAUUCCCCACCCCCCCUCCCUUUCUUUCUGAUUAUCUUUAGAUAAUUAUCUUUUCAACGAUCUUUUUAAUUAUCUUUAAAUAAUUUGUAGAGAUUAAGCGUGUCCCUUCGAAACAUGUAUUAAUAGACACUAUUGCCAAAAUGAUUCUAAUCGAGUCUGCGAGAUAAGAGUAAUUUGACGUUAGAGACCGUGCAUUGGAAGCAUAUAUCCCAUCUAGCGUGUUAACUGUCGAAAUUUCCCAUAUCAUUCCGCGCGGAAUUUGCGUUGAGCGUGAAAGUAUGUCGCUUAAAGGGUACCUCGCGAUGCCUGAACGAUAUAUUUAUCUGUGACAAGGGUGACUCGCGAAUGCAAUUGUUCACUCAAGAUGUUGCUUUCAAGUUUCAAGUUACAAUCAUCGUUGUAUGGUUGUUGUCAAAACUUUUUCAAGAACGUACGUCGUCAUUCAUUUCGUCACAACAUAUCCGAACAAUUCUCUGUUCCUGACGUGCGUGAAAAAAAAAAAGAAAAAAAAAGAAAACGAUAGCAUUUACGAUGUCCGAUGUUAUACAUAAUAUGCGAAGGUUCGUUGUCUGAAUCUAGUUGAACGUAGUCGGCUAUUUUCGUAGGGAAUUCGAUAGAUGUAUAGCAUGAAAUGGUAUUAUACAAUCAUUGUAUGCUGUUCGUAACGUUCGCGGUUAUUUGUGAGAAAUGUCGGCCGAUUUGCAGCAAGAUUUCACCAAUUUGUUCCGUUCUCAGAAACGCGGAUCGAGUUGAAAAUCGAUUCGUGUUUGUUGUCGAGUGGUUUUUCGGUGAUUUGAAAGAGAGGAAAAAGAAAAAGGACAACCGAGCGAUAUAAAUUCGCAUUUCGUCGACAAUUGAAAAUACUGAAUGAUAAUUUUUCUCAAUGGUCGCGACAAGAUCGGCGCGAUCGGCAUUUUUGCAGUUGCGCAACGAUAUAAUAUCAGUAAGUGUUUGAAUAUAAGUACAUGUUAAAUACACUCGUACAUAUCUAA